GGUCAUGAAUGCGACACCAGAGUGACGCAACAACCAGAAACCUACUCGAACAAUUUUCACGGCAACUAGGAGGUGACAAUCGAGUCGAUACCGGACAGGAACCAAGCAAGGAGCUCGGGAGUCAUUACUGGUCAAAAACGGUCACGGACGAGGCGAGCGCGCCUGGGCGCAAGAGGAAUCCUCCUUUUUCUCUUGUUGACGACUUCCGCCGCCAUGUCUUCCUGUCUAUCGCUCCAAGGCUCCAAGGCAUGCUCCGCCUUCCAGGCAUCGUCUGUGUCUACCACGGACGCGAACGUCUUGGGGUUGUUUCCUUUCCUACGGUUUGCCUCGAACGUUGACACGCUCGAUGCGCUCUUGAUGUCCCAUGUGCAGACAGAAUACAUUCGGGAAAAGUUCUCGGUGCUGCUUGGCUGUGGCGGGAUCGACUACACAAACACUAGCGACGUCUAUGCUCGCUUCACGACCACGGUAAUCUGUAAUGCUAUUAUCCAGAAUUCUAUCGAACCCUGCAGCCUCGAGCCGGCAGAAUCGCGCCCGCUUUGCGCCGAAACCUGCGCCCAAUAUGCACAGGCCGAGGCGUACCUCGUUUCUGAUACUUCCCUUUGCCCUAACCCUAGCAGCGAUGCUCAGUCACAGAUUCGGGCCGACUUCACCAACUGCGCCCUGCCUGAUAGCUCUUUAUCGACCCGAGACUGCAUUACGGGCGUGACAAACGAGCCCGAGAACUGUGGGUAUGGGAACAGUACCGUGGGAUUGUGUUCCUACUGCGCGACGGGCGGAAUUAACUCGACCGAUACCUGUUGUUACGGAGCCGAUGCUGAGACGCGCUGCGCGGGGGUUGUCCUCCCAACCAUCACACCAAUCACUCUACCGACGGUCACAGCAACGGCAACACCGGAUCCGAAUGACGAUUCCGCUGGGGGUGGUUUAUCUGGAGGGCAAAUUGCCGGCAUCGUUAUCGGCUCUGUUUUAGGUGUCGCCCUCAUCGCGGCACUUAUUUUCGGAUUUCUGGUUUAUCGAAGGAGGAGGAGGAGCGGUAGCCAAAACGGCAGCGUCUUUAACCAGCCAUCGCCCGCUCGACAUGGGCCACCGUCACAAAUGGGUCAGACUGGCGCACCGGCUGGUUUUGAGGUGUUGCCCGGUGGUAGGAUCGCCCGGAUGUCCGCUCUCGAAGGCCAUUCCCGCGACUCGCCGUCCCGUCACACGGCUCGGGACAUGCACAGCUCUACCCCUGGCACCGCGGCGGGGUACCGUGGGAGCAGGCGGAGGGGUGACGACCAUUCAUCUUCCGACGGUUUCGGCUCCAGCCCGCCAUCUGAACGCGGCACCGGUGUGCUCCGGCCACCCCCGACAAUGUUGAGGAGGAACGGCUCUCUUUCUAGCGGCUCGGUGCUAGCGGGUGAGGAUCCCCAGUCGCCUAGCUCGGGCGGCAUCUCCUCUCCCCAGGGAAUGGCGAGCCAGCAAUCGGAGCAGCUGCCAUUCUUCAAGGACUACUAUUCCCAGGACGACCUCCACCCCGGCGACCGAGUUGCCGUUCUCUGGGCGUACCAGCCGCGGGCUGGCGAUGAGUUCCUGCUGGAACGUGGCGACAUGCUCAAGGUUGUGGGGAUCUGGGACGACGGCUGGGCAACGGGCGUCAUGGUCGACGAACGCGCAGAACAAUGGGAGGCUCGUCGGCAAGCUCAGCGGGACAGCGGGGUGUCGAACACAUCAGGGAGAGCGCGCGACGACUCGCCGCCCGUCAGCGGCGAAAUUAAGGCGUUCCCACUGGUUUGCGUGUGCUCACCGGAGCACUGGAAGAAGACAAUCGACGGGGACGGCUCGACCGACACGUCCAGCGCGAAUCCGUACAUGACGGCGGCGUAACUUUGGAGCGCGGCUUAAUGAUGAUGACUCAAUUCUCGAUUACAUUUCCCGAUCAUGCUCGAUGAACGCCUCCCUGCUUUCGUGCGGCAUUAUCUACGGCGUUGG